AUGGCGGAUAAUCAUCACGAGAAGAAUACAGAGGAUGUUGAGUCCAACGUUCCUAUGCAACCCAUCAACGAAAAGCAAAAGCAACCUACACAAAACCUUUCAGAUGGAAACCUAAGUGUACAAUCCGUCUCGGACUUGGUAAAUGUCCAACUUGACCCGGUCAAGGAGAAGAAGUUGUUGGCCAAACUGGAUCUGCAUUUUGUGCCGAUUAUCAUGUUUGCCUACUUGACUUGUUUCUUGGACAGAGGAAAUAUCGGAAAUGUCAAAGUAGCAGGCAUGCCAGAAGAUAUUGGUGCUUCAGCCGCGCAGUAUUCCACUGCCGUGUCAAUCUUCUACGCAACAUACGUCACCUUCGAAACACCUCUGGCUAUGCUCAUGAAGAAAAUUACUCCUCGUAACCUUCUAUGCGGUCUUUGCGUGGUAUGGUCACUAACCACUAUCUUUACGGGAUUCGUAACUAGCGUUGGCGGGCUAUAUGCCAGUCGUCUAGUGCUAGGUUGUUGCGAAGCAGGUCUGUUCCCUUGUUUGAAUUUGUAUAUCUCGAUGGUGUAUCGAAGAGAAGAGCAGGCGAAGCGGGUUUCGUAUUUGAUGAGCUGUGCUGCUCUUUCGGGGGCCGUGGGCGGCUUGUUGGCGUAUGGUUUGUUGCAAAUGGAUGGCGUGGCCGGAAAGGCUGGUUGGAGAUGGGUAUACAUCAUCGAAGGCCUUUUCAGCAUAGUCGUGGCCGUAUGGGUCUGGUUUGGAUUACCCAAUGAUCCUACGAAUGCCUACUUUCUCACUACGGAACAAAGAUGGAUGAUGCAAGUCCGGAACGAGCAGUCCAGACAGUAUCUCGGUCCGGAGAAGUUUACCUGGGAUCAGUUCUGGAUUGAAGUGCGCGAUCCCAAACUGUACUUUAGUGCCGCGACACAAUUCUGCCAGGAUAUUUUACUAUACGGUUUUAGUACUUUCCUCCCUGCUAUCCUCAAAAGCAUGGGAUACAACACACUGAAAAGUAACGCACUCACUGUACCUGUCUACAUCUGGGGCGUGAUUAGCUUCACCAUCCUCGCUUGGUGGGCAGACCGCGUCACACGUUUCGUCCCCUUCCUCCUUGGUGCCAACGCAAUCUCCAUUGUUGGCUACAUAUUGCUGAUUGCCGUCAAAACCAAUGACGCCGUCAGGUACUUUGCCACCUACCUCUGCGUAGUAGCAUGUUACCUGGGCCCUGGUCUCAAUAUUGCCUGGCUCAACGUCAAUGUUGCGCCUCAUCAUCGCCGUGCUGUGGCUAUCGGCUUGCAGCAGACCAUCGGUAAUACGGCGGGAAUUGUUGCAGGGCAGGUUUAUCGCAAAUCGCCGUAUAUCUUGGGAAAUUCAUUCUCGUUGGGUUCGGUUUGCGUUGCGCAACUGUUGAUUGUGGCUCAUGCGUUGUAUUUGAGACGCGAAAUUGCGGCUAAAGAGCGUAUCGCUGAGGGCAAGGUUGAGGAUAAGCGGAGAGUUACUACUGGCGAUGGAGCUGUUGAUUAUAAAUACUUCUAUUGA